UUGUCUGAGUGGCUCUCUGCGAUCGGCCUCUGCGAUCACUACCAGACGUUGGUGACGAACGGUUAUGAUAAUAUGGAGUUCAUCAGAGACAUCAGCACAGAAGACCUGAAGGAAAUCGGCAUCACAAAACUAGGACAGCAGAAGAAAAUGAUGCUGGCUGUCAGGCGAUUGGUGGAACCAAACAAGGAGGCGGGUACCGGAUCUGAACUGAGCCAAUCAGAUGCAAGUCCUGACCAGACGGAAGAAAUCAAAUCCCCUCCUCCUCCUCCUGUGGACGGCGAGGUCAGCACCACCUCACCACCGUCUCCAAGGUUACGGAGGGCGAACGUCCCUCCCCCCAGUGGAAUCCCGUCACACACACCUCCGCCACCUUCCAAACCAGACUCCCCCGCUACCAUGCACACGCGAUCACACACACACACGCCACCGUCAUACACACCACCGUCCCCUGGACACACUGCGUCUCUGCCGAGCCCUGCGCGCGCACACACUCCCGCUCAGACACACACAGCCCACCCGGCCGAGUCGCACGCUGUGCCACGGCUGUGCCUGCCGCCGGAGGGAGGGGACUCAGUGGCCCCCCCUGGUGCCCAGCAGCGGGUGACGCGCAGCAGCUCAGCGCUCGACCAGGCAACCAGUGUCAACCGCAGCCAAUCACAGGGGUUCGCCACCACGCGCCCGCGACGGAAGACCCGCCCCCCAACCCCACCCAAGCGGUCCUGCUCCUCCGUCUCCAAUAGCAACCUGGCGGACGAGGACGCGUGUGUGUCCGGGGAGACGGAGGGGGCGGGGCUGCUCGGCGUGAGCUACAGGGAGCGUCGCCGUAGCGACUGUGGAAUGGUUGCCGUGGAAACAGGCGUUUUGUCGUCGGCCGGAGGGGGGAGUGUGCGAGACAUCGCAGCCAUGCUGGAGAUGACAUCGCCGUUAGGGGGAGGAGUCACUGCAGGAGGCAGCAGCUAUCUGCAGGUCAGCCCUGAGUUGUUGCGGCGACAGCGAGAGGCGGUGACCUCUGACGACCUUCAGGAGCGCCGGCGCACCAUCUGCGGCCCUCCAACCGGCCUUGUUGACACGGCAACGGCACAGGCCACACCCACCAGCCCCGAGCCCCGCCCCCGGUCCACGAUUGGCCACCUAGAAGGAGGCGUGUCCUCCUCCCUCCCCCCCGAGGAGGAGGCGUGGUCACCACGUGUGGACGCCACGGCAACUGCCUUGAGGAGGCCCUGCCCCCCUUCAAACGACACGAGCACAAUCCGGCGACGCCCCAAACCCCGCCCCCCCAGCACUGAUCGGCAGCCAAUCGCAGCGCAGCCCAGGGACACGGGGGCCAAUCAGAGCCCUCGGCGGCCCAUGUCUGAGGCCAGUUUAGGGGGUGACUGCAGCCCAGGCUUCAGGUCUCUGCCCCGUACCCCCAAACCCAGCGUCUCCCCAAAGCCUGCGCCCCCGACCCCCGUCAGGAGAGUGCUGAUCACCGGACCUGACAGCCCAG